CGAAGUUGUCAAAUUCUCGAGACUUAUUUCAAAACUUGAGAAAUUCGUAAAUAAUCGAGUUUUUUAGUUUAAAUAGUUUCCUAAACGGUAUAACCUUUUACAAUAAUCAUUAUUAAUGAUGAACUAAGGCAAAGAAAACGUCCAAACGUCGAAACGACCAUGUGAAUUGUUACAACAGUGUAUAAUUCGGUUUUUUUAAGUUCUGCCCUUUAAACUCAAGCAAAAUGUCUAAGAAGAAAGGAAAAAAGAAUGUACUGCAAGAUUUUACUCUCAAUGAUUGUGCAAACGCACCAAAACCAGUUCGAGAAAUAAGGAAACCAGCCAUUAUAAGCCCAACCAUGGAACGAAGCUGGGACGAACUAGAUGAUGACUCCGAAGUAGAAACCGAAGUACAGAAUGGCCUAAUAACACUAGUAUACAAAAAGAAUAAAAAGAAAAAUGGAGAACUACCUUUAGACAACCGACCGGGCAGAGAAUACCCUGAAAUUAUAUUCUACCUCCUUUCAAAGUACAUUAAACCCGAAGACAUAGCUUCAUUCGCAAGAAUAAACAAAUCAUCAUACUUGGUAACUAAAACUAAAGCGUUCUGGACACUGCAAUACAAACGUUACUGCGAAAAUCAUCCAAAAUUGCCUGAGAAACUGCGCUUUGAGAGUUUAAAGUCCUAUGGCUUGAGACAGACGGUUAUAAGGGCUCUGUAUCAUACUUAUGAUAUUUUGAACUAUCGGAUUGUUCGGAAGGAAAUUCCUCCACAGCGGCUUGUGAGCUGGGUCUGCGUGAAUGUGUGGUAUAAUAGAGGGCUGACGUAUUGGAAUGUGUACUUCAAGUUGAAGAGACCACAGAUGUAUGGUCACCGGUCUAAUUUGGACAAAGAUUUGAUCGAAGAGAUGGGACGCAUUGAUGCUAAUCCCGAGGAAGGGGCUCAGGUUUUGAUGGUAACAUGCAAAGGGUUCGACAGGAUCCCGCCGUUACAAGGCAUGACGCUGUCAGCGGUGAGCAUGGUACUAUCGCACGGGUACAGACACCAUACCCUAUACCUGGGCUUCAGCAGUUCCUGCUACACAGUCAAAGGUAUAGUGCCAGAAUGUGAAAUUAUUCUAGAUGCCGUUGUCAGAGCCCUUGUCUGCGACUGGUGGCACCCUCAGUAUCCCCAUUCAGGUAAUUUUGUACCACGACAGGAUCCGCCGCUGUUGUUGAAGGAUUUUUUUGAUGAUGACGAUGCGUCGUGAAGCUUUAGGUUCUGUUAUGUCGAAAUACUGAAAUGCCACUCAACUUUAAGUCGGGCUUAAGCAUAGUAUAGUUCUGUCUCGACAGAGAUGGCACGAUAUUUGAGUAUUAAAAUUGAGUAGUCUUUUAGUAUUCGGUUAAUAAUGCUUUGUUACAAUUUUUUUGCCAUUUUUACUUGUCAUAUAUGUGUCUUAUAUAAUGGUAUAGUGUUUCGAUAUUUUUGAUUCUUUUUUUUUUAUUACUAAAUGAAAAUCCCACGUGAUUCAUUGUUAAGACUAUUAAGGUAUUUUUCUUUAGAUGUUUGUCUAAAAAACUCGCGCAGCUCAUUAUUUAUGACUCUAUAAGCCUCGCGAGACUCCUUUUAAGUGCCAAGCUGUGAGCUCAAAUCGUUCAAACCUAGCUAUGACGGGUGAAAAGUCAAUGUUACAUUUUAUUGUCUCUCUGUCCACCUCUUUGAGGAUUAAACGGGGUGAUAUUUUAGAGCUUCUUUGGUCAAUGGGGGCUACCAUUUCUUUGGUGACCAUAUAGCGCUAAUAUAGCAAAAGAUCAGAUUGUUCAGUCACUGCAGCUGUCAACAAUUGAAUGUCAAUUUUGUGACACUCGCUUAUUCUCUGUUGACCGAAAACUAAGGGGCACUAGUGCUAUCUGGUUAGAAAGAACGGUAAUCCCUAUUGGUCGGGCGAUAUCUGGAUUGAGUAAUGUAUAAUUGAGAUUUUCUUCAAUUUCAAAAUUAUAAUAACCAUUGUGAGACAUACUAAAUUAACUAAAAUCGCGGGUUACUCACGUGAC